AUGCCGCCCGUAUCCGAGAGGAAGAACAGUGGCGGUUCCAAACGGAGUUGUGUGCGAUGCAAUCAACGAAAAGUAGGUUGCGAUAAGCAGAGCCCCUGCGGCCGAUGCGUGAAGGCUGGCCUGGAAUGCGUCCAUCCCGGAGAAAAGCGAGCCCCACGGAAAUUGAGACGCCCUCCAGUCUCCGAGAUUCUAGCCCAUCUCAAAGUAUUGGAGGCUGAAGUCCAUAGGCUGCGAUCGCAAGUCAAGUCAGAAGCGCAGUUGGAUCAAUUUUCUGAAAAUGCCAUCGCCCCUGGCCCUCAGAACGGUGGAGAUGCAGGGGUCACCACUUCUCGUGGCCGGUUGGUGGUGCAGGGAGGUCGGACUCGCUACGUUGGGGACGAGGCCUCGGUGAUCCUGGGCGACAAGGAAGUCUGUGAUAAGUCCUCCGAUGAGGAGAGUGACACUCAUACCUCCACUCGCAUGAAGGGUCCCAUCCCAGUGCCCUCAAUAGGAUUUCUGAGGUCAGACCACAGUACCGAGGGCUUAGGUCCGAGCAUCCCGCUCAAGACUUUCCCCGUGUCUCAAUUGCAGGCAUUGUGGGAGAUUUACCAGUCGAAUGUGGCGCCUAUGAUAGCUCUACUGCACCUACGAUCGAUAGACUCUUUAAUGGUCGAGGCUGCACAGGAUAUGGAGAACCUAGACCCCGAGCAAGCAGCCCUCGUCUCGGCUGUUUGCUUCGCGGCCGUGGUAAGUAUGACAGCUCAACAAUGCAUCUUACUCCUCGACGAGCCCCAUGAUAUCUGCAUCGAGAAUUACAGACGUUCCGCGGAGCACGCGAUCGCAAAGGCAAACCUAAUUAGCACUCAAGACGUUCGUGUCUUGCAAGCCGCGACACUGUUCCUGUUAUGUCUUCGUCGAUGCAGCGAUUCGAGGCUGGUUUGGGCGGAAAGUGCGAUAGUGGUACGGGUUGCACAGCGGCAGGGGGUGCAUCGUGAUGGCCAGCCCUUGGGCCUUAGCCCAUACGAGAUCGAGAUGCGCCGCAGACUAUGGUGGCAUAUCUGUAUUCUCGACAUGCUCUGCUCAGAGGACCAGGGAACGGACACUCAGAUCCGACCAGAGAUGUCCAAUACCAAGAUCCCUUCCAACAUUGACAUCGAAGUCCUGCGACCGGAAAUGGACACCAUGCCACUCCCAAGCUUGGGCUUCAGCGAUAUCACGCUCUGCAUCAUUCACUGUCAAAUGAUGACGCAUCUUUACUGGCCAAGCAAGUCCUUUGAAACUAGCAUAGGUGCGAUGUCUUUGGAGCAGAGAGAAACUCGUUUGUCUGAACUGGAAGCCUAUCUCGAGACAGAAUACUUGCAGAGACUAGACUUAGACAGCCCUAUACAGUGGAUAACGGCCGUGAUUGCCCGCCUAACGCUAUCGAAGGCGUGGUUAGUAACUCGCCUGACCGCGUCAGCAGGACCGACCGCUCCAAAUGAUGGGAUCUUUCGCAUGGCGGUAGAGACUGUCAAAUUUGCAAACCUGCUUCACAGCGACGUGAGGAUUUCUCAGUGGGCGUGGCUUAGCAAAAGCUACAAGCAUCGACACGUCGUGGCAUAUCUCCUUUCUGAGCUAUGCAAUCGUCCCGUUUCGUCCGACACGGACCAUGCCUGGGAGGCAGUGACUCAGAUCUACAAUCAAUGGUUGCACGAAGAUGUGGAAACAAAUGACAUGCUUCAAAAGCCCUUGUCGCGGCUGAUGGAACGUGCCGCUUAUUCCAGGAGAAAGAAGUCGCAUCAAGCCACAGCUUCAGCUCCCAGCCGCACGCAAGCUCCCCGCCUACAAGCAUCUGCAGCACAUUGGAUAGAGAGCUCAUCCGCAUCUGAUGGCUAUGAUGCAGGCCUCAGUUCAAGUGGUAUGGGUCUAACGCCACCGCCGGAAUCUGCACUGGGUCUUGAUCCAAGCCUGGCGGAACUGUACAGUGGCCCCAUUUCCGCGCUGGACUGGCUCACGGGGUCGAUACUCUGAUCCAUAUGGAGGACAGGGACCUCGAUCGAUCGGUCUGAGGCAAGUAUGAAUUUUGUCAGCCAGAAAAUGCUCUUUAUUUGAGUAAUCCGGCAUCCCCACCGAGACGUCGUCGGGGUUGAGCUCAACCACGAGCAUCAGUCAACAUCCUCUAUGCUUGUCCCGGUCCCCACCCAAAAGUUUAUAGGAAGGUCAUUCUUUACCCGAAUAUCCAUUCAAGCUAACAUCUCUCUUACUCUUCAACUCCAUUCAACUCAGCUCUCAUUAUACAGAAUGGCUUUCACUGUUGGCGUUGCCGGUAUCACGGAUAAGUUCGCUGGUCGGGUGGUCAGCCAUCUGCUGCAGCAGUCGGACCUCACCAAUCGUGGCUACUGCCGUGACCCAAGCAAAGUUCCCGAGUCCAUCGCCUCUGCAGGAAAUGUGACCCUGUUCAAAGGGC